AUGAAGACUAGGAGUGGACGACUAGUUCAGCGUGCGGGUAGCUCCAAGAGUCCGCGAUCCUCCAAAUAUUCUGCUGCGCAAUCUGCCCGCAAGUCCAAAAUGCCACCUUUCCGGGAUGAGCAUGUCCUGGUAAUUGCGCCGGGCUCGCAAGUGACCUUAGCGCAGCUCGGCUUGCCAGAGUCCUUCACUCCGGCGCGUAAUCGCUACCCCACCCGCAUGUUCCCAGCCGAGAAGAAGGGCGAAUUUGAACCAUACAAGAUCCGUAAACGCGAACGCAAUGGCCAGAAUGGCACCCACGCACCGAAGCCGGAGGAUGUGGACAUGAAGGAUGGCGCGACACCUGCGACUCAGGGCACCACCGAUACUGGGUCGGCCGACAAGGCGGAGGGGGCAACUGAAACUAACGAGGCAGAUACUCCCACCAUUUUCUACGAGGAAGACGUGACUUCCGAAGAAGGAGCCGUGUAUCCCAUUCAGAAUGGAUCCAUUGUCGAUUGGCCCUGCUUCUUCGCGCUUCUUACUCAUAUCUACAAUUCCCUGAGUCCUCCGUUCCACACGCCGGUUCUGAUGGUCUCCCAGCCAGCCUGGUCUGCACGCGACCGCGAGGCCAUUACUCAAUUCGUGUUCGAAAAGUUCAAGGUACCUGGCUUCAGCAUGAUGGACUCAGCCCUCGCAGCGAUUUAUGGCUACGGUGUGUCGACUGCGACUGUUGUGGACGUUGGAAAAGACAAGGUUGAUGUGACCGCCGUCACGGACUUCAUGGUCAAUGAACAUGGUCGAGGCAUUGCGCUUCGCGGCUGUGGCGGUGAUGCCAUGACUGAUCGGCUGGUUGAGCUUCUUGGCCCCAAAGGGUUUACCCGUGAGAUGUGCGAGCAACUGAAGAGAAGCAACAUUGCUGAGAUCUUGCCACCCGGCACGGUUGUUCCUGGCACUGCCGCAACCGCACGCCAGGGCACCAACCCAGCUGCCGUCGCAUCGACAGGUGGAGCGGAUCCGGCCGAUGUGAAUGCCCCCCGUGGCCCUGGAGCAGGUACUCAGACUGGCGAAGCGAAUGGAGACGACGAGGAGGAGGGUGUUCUGGAUGUUGCGACUAUCGUUAGUGGUAAUACGACUGAGUACUUGGCGAACAUGGAAAAGGAAAAAGCGAACAACAAAAAAGCCGGUGUCGACCCGAAGCAGCCUCGUCUUCCCAAUGCCAAGAAGGAGAAAGCUACAUUCCAGUUCGAGGAGUUUGUCCAAAUGGAGGAUGAGAACAAUGCGGGUGGAGGCCAGCGCUACAUUCGUCACUCCCGCGAAAUCGAAGUGGGCGUGGAGCGUUUCCUUCUGGCCACUGCUCGCCAGGGAGUCACUGACCGCAUUAGUGAGGGACUUUUGGAGGACAUUGCUACGCAGAUCCAUCACACCAUUCUGGCCGUCCCCGACGCCACAAAACGCAGUGAGCUCUGGGAUUCUCUCAUUAUUGUUGGAUGCGGUAGCAAGGUUAAAGGAUUCACCCAAUCUCUUCUUGGUGUUAUCACUCAGAAGUUCAUACUCGCCCCAUCCGCUACGAUUUUCACCUCUGAGAUACCCUCCAAUUUCAGUACCCCUCUGCCUACUGGCGGGUCAAAUACUCCUGCCCCCAUGGCCCAGCCUGGACCCAUGUACCACCCAGCUGCGCACGGCGUCAAUCCUCUCCUUGUGGCUGCGACACACAACAACCCUGCCAUGGCCGGAGUUCCGCCGGGCACCCCAUCGAUGGAUCCCGCUGGAAUGUCACUCCACCGUUCGACCGGUCACUCUCAAACCCCAAACUCGGUCAAGACAUUGCGGUUGCCUGAGCACUUCUCGGAGUUCAAGGACCAGGGUAACAGCAACGCUCCCGGAUCUACGGUGGGCCCAACGAGCAGUACAGCUAGCCACGGUUCUGAAGAAGCUGGCUUCCUUGGCGCUCAGAUGGGAGCCAAAGUCUUCUUCAUCAUUGACCAGGGUGCGACCAAGAGCUUCCUGACCCGUGCCGAGUAUAAUGAGAGUGGUCCAUCGGCCAUUCAUGAGUACAUCGUCUAA